AUGACCAGAUUGUUAUUAUUAAUCUCUCUUUUCUUAUCACUUACGAGGGCAUUUUAUUUGCCAGGUGUUGCUCCGACGACAUAUCACGAGGGUGAUGAGAUCCCAUUAUUAGUUAAUCAUCUUUCUCCAUCGAUGUACUGGCAGCAUAAAAAUGAUGAAGGAAAAGAUGUUUCCAGUGAUAAAAAUAAAUAUUUAUACUCAUAUGACUAUUAUUACGAUAGGUUCCAUUUCUGUCAACCUGAAAAGAUAGAAAAACAACCAGAGUCCUUAGGUUCCAUAAUGUUUGGUGAUAGAAUUUAUAACUCUCCUUUCCAAUUGAAUAUGCUUGAAGAAAAACAGUGUGCCUCUUUGUGUAAAAGUACAAUUCCAGGGAAUGAUGCAAAAUUCAUCAAUAAGUUGAUUAAGAAUGGUUUUUUCCAAAAUUGGUUAAUUGAUGGACUUCCAGCUGCUCACGAAGCUCACGAUACUAGAACCGGCACUGACUUUUAUGGCUCUGGUUUUGAAUUAGGUUUAGUAGAUGUUGUACAAGCUGUAGAUGAAACAGAAGCAAGAACGAAGGUUGCCGCAGCCAAUCAAGGCGCAGAGUUAGAUGCUCGUGAUGCCAAGAACGUUAAGACAAUCAAAAAUGUUGAAUUAGUAUACUUCGUCAAUCAUUAUGAUAUCAGAAUUGAAUACCAUGACAGAGGUAACGGUGAUUAUCGUGUAGUUGGCGUCAUUGUAAAUCCCGUAUCCAUUCAACGUUCCUCACCUGGUUCCUGUGAGUCUACCGGCCAACCUCUAACUCUUCAAGAAGAUGAGGAUAAUGAUGUCUACUUUACUUAUUCUGUUACUUUUGUGCCUUCAGAAACCAGCUGGGCCACAAGAUGGGAUAAAUAUUUACAUGUUUACGAUCCAACCAUCCAAUGGUUUUCCUUGGUUAAUUUCUCACUUAUCGUUCUUCUAUUAUCUACUGUUGUUCUUCAUUCUUUGUUAAAAGCUCUUAAGAAUGAUUUUGCGCGUUAUAAUGAAUUCAAUCUUGACGAUGAAUUCCAAGAAGAUGCUGGAUGGAAAUUGUGUCACGGUGAUGUUUUCCGUAUCCCACAUAAAUCAAUGCUGUUAUCUGUUUUGGUAGGCUCUGGCGUUCAACUAUUCAUAAUGAUAUCUACCACUAUUUUUUUUGCCGCAUUAGGUUUCUUAUCUCCAAGUUCAAGAGGUUUAUUGGGAACAGUCAUGUUUAUGCUUUACGCUUUAUUUGGUUUUGUCGGAUCUUACACUUCUAUGGGUGUUUAUAAAUUUUUCAGAGGCCCAUACUGGAAAGCUAACAUGGUUUUGACACCAAUAUUAGUUCCUGGCAGUAUUUUCAUAACCAUUAUUGCUAUGAACUUCUUCUUGAUGUACGUUCACUCUUCAGGUGUUAUUCCAGCCAAGACAUUAUUUUUCAUGGUUCUAUUAUGGUUCGUCUUUUCCAUUCCCUCCGCUUUCGCAGGUUCCUUGGUUGCUAAUAAGAAAUGUAACUGGAAUGAGCACCCAACUAAGACAGAACAAAUCGCAAGACAGAUUCCAUUCCAACCAUGGUAUUUGAAAACUAUUCCUGCGACAUUUAUUGCUGGUAUUUUCCCAUUCGGUUCUAUCGCCGUGGAGAUUUAUUUCAUAUACACAAGUUUGUGGUACAACAAGAUUUUCUACAUGUUUGGUUUCUUGUUUGUUUCUCUCUUAUUAUUAGCUCUCACAACAUCUUUAGUCACCGUUCUAAUCACUUAUCAUUCGUUAUGUUUAGAAAACUGGAACUGGCAAUGGAGAAGUUUUAUUGUUGGGGGUGUUGGUUGCGCUAUUUAUGUCUUCAUUCACUCAAUUUUAUUCACCAAAUUCAAAUUAGGAGGUUUCACCACUGUUGUGUUAUAUUUAGGUUACAGUUCUAUCAUAUCUCUGUUAUGUUGCAUUGUAACUGGUUCCAUCGGGUUCUUGAGUAGUAUGUUCUUCGUCAGAAAAAUCUUCUCAUCUAUCAAAGUUGAUUGA